AUGAUUUCACUCCUAUAUCUAGUUCGGAUAAGGUUCAGGGGGUACAAGCGUUUUUUCAGACGAGCGUUACUUGAAACAUCAGAUUACAUCAAGGAUGAUUGCUUGAAAAUAAAUUGUACAGUUGGAGUUGUCGUUUCAGCAAUAGAUUGUUCACGAUUACACUCAAUUCAGGUGCCAGAGUCUAAUAUAGGCACACAUUUUGGUAUGCUGCUGGAAAAUAUGCAAGGUUCAGACAUUACAUUUGAUGUGGCUGGGGAAAAAUUUCAUGCUCAUAAAUUGGUAUUAGCUGCUCGAUCCCCUGUUUUUCGAUCUGAAUUUUUUGAUGGGAUGGAUGAAGAAAAGCAAGAGAUAGUCAUCACCAAUCUUGAUCCAAAGGUUUUUAAGGCCUUGUUGCACUUUAUAUACAGAGACACUCUUUCAGAAGAUGUGGAGAGUGUUGGGUCUACCUUCUCUUCUGUGUCAUCAAUAUCUGAAACACUAAUAGCAAAAUUGUUAGCAGCAGCAGAUGGGUAUGGUGUGGAGAGACUGAAAUUAAUGUGUGAAUCCCAUCUCUGCAAGAAUAUAUCUGUAAACUCUGUUGCCAAAAUUCUAUCUUUGGCUGACCAAUAUCAUGCUUCGGAGUUAAAAGCUGUUUGUCUCAGAUUUGCUGCUGAAAACCUUGCAGGUCUUUUACCUUCUUCCACUUUAUAUAUUUUCUUUUGACAUUUACUUCCAUAU